UUCUUCAACUCACGUCACCACUACUCAAAAUCUUCCAUUUCCAACAUCAAACCAAUUUCGUAGCAAAAAAUCUAGGGUUCAUUUCCAAGCUCGAAAAUGGACGCAAGCACAAAGACCAAGAAAGGUGCCGGAGGAAGAAAAGGCGGAGGUCCAAGGAAGAAGUCAGUAACCAGAUCCACCAGAGCUGGUCUUCAAUUCCCCGUCGGAAGAAUCGGUCGUUACUUGAAGAAAGGUAGAUAUGCUCAGCGUGUUGGUACCGGAGCUCCGGUUUACUUAGCCGCUGUUCUUGAAUAUCUUGCUGCUGAGGUUCUUGAAUUGGCUGGAAAUGCUGCACGUGAUAACAAGAAGAAUAGGAUAAUCCCUAGACAUGUGUUAUUGGCUGUGAGGAAUGAUGAAGAGCUUGGAAAAUUGCUUGCUGGUGUUACAAUUGCUCAUGGUGGUGUUCUUCCAAAUAUUAACCCAAUUCUUUUGCCUAAGAAGACUGAUAGAUCUACUACUGCUAGUAAGGAGCCAAAGUCUCCAAAGGCUAAGAAAUCUCCUAAGAAGGCUUAGAUUAGGGUUCUGAUUUGUGGUUGUUGAAAUGUUGAUGAUGAUGAUGAUGUUUAUUUUGUGUGUAUAUCUGCUACGCUUUAAUGCGUUUGAAAUGUUGAUGGAAUUCUGAUUUCUGUUUCGACUUUUAGUAUUAAUAUGAACAAUUCAGUAGAAAUAAUAUUUUCUUCAAUGUUUGUGGAGUUUAA